CCCCCCCCCAUCAUGAGCCGACUUCCUUCGCUCGGUCGGGCGCUGGCGGCACAUGUGAGCCCGGUGCUGGGCCUCCGCGCUGGGUCGGUGCUGACCGCCGCUCGUGCUGCUGCCUCCUUGCCGGUCUCCCACCCGGUGCGGGAGUUCUCAUCGCCAGCUGCUGUGCCGAAUGUCGAGCGCAUCACUCUGCCCGAGUUGAUGCGCGCCAACUCGCUGGCCCCCGCCCCCGAGGGGAUCGAUUUCCCGUGGUCCCCUCCGGCGGUGGACUUCUUCGAGCGCUUGGUGGCUUCCCCCCCGCCGGCCCUCUCGUCGACUGGGCAGGCAUCCUUGCGGGCGUUGAUCGAGGCCGACAGCGCGCGCGCAGGGCAUCCGCCCCCCGAUAGCCCGGCCGGGUGGCUGCGCGUGCCGCUGGACUUCCGCCUGGUCAGUCGCGGAGACAAGGGCGCGUACCAGACCCCCUCUCGGAACUACCUGCGCGGCCCCUGGCGCACUGGUGAGGGCCGCUCCGGUGGCAUGCUCUUGCGUAUGGCCUUUGCUCCGGCCGAGCUUGACGUUCAGCCGGUGACCGGCCCGGAUGCCGAACUAUUCGAGACCUCGCCCCCGCUCCUGGGUGGCGGUGUCCUUCGCGGCCUGGUCAAGUUUGGCGAGACAUGCGAGGGCCCCCCAAGCUGCAUCCAUGGCGGGGCGGUCGCCACACUGCUGGACACGGUUCUCGGUAACACAGUCUGGUUCAGCGGCUACCCCGUGGCCACGGCCAGCUUGAAUGUACACUACAAGAAGUUUGUUCCGGGCUUCCUGGACCUUCAAGAGCACUUUAACGAGGCCGGGGGCGCGGAAAUGCCCGGCGCCCCGGACCUGCAGGGUGGCGAAUAUGCCUUCUGGGCGCGCGUCACCUCGGUCGCUGGACGCAAGGUCCACGUAGAGGGCGCGCUAUGUGCGAUUCCUCUGGCCGGAGCCCCGAUUCCCGAGCUGGACCUUGACGGGCCGGACGUCCACUCCACCGGCAGUGGCAUGUUCAUUCGUCUAAAGGGGAUGCCCGCUCCGGCGCUGAAGCGGGCCGCCGUGCAGCAACAGCAGCAGCAGCAGCAGCAGCAGUAG